GCAUGAAUGCAUCCUUGUUUACUUUCAAUGUGAUGAAUCUGGCAACCUGAUUGGUCAAUGUGAUUCAUCGCGGGAAAACUGGUUCGCGUUAUUAACCUUUUAUUAUUUUAAUCCCUCAUUUUUAACCAUUUUCCUCAACAUAUUUGCUAUAUAUAGAAGCAGAAAAUGUUUUACUAUCCAAAUGUACUCCAUCGCCAUACUGGAUGUUUUUCCACAAUUUGGCUAGCAGCCACAAGAGGUAUCAGGGUCACUCGCAGAGAGCUUCUCAAAGUUAAUGUCAAGCGGACAUGCGGGGACAUUUUGGAUUAUGUGACAGCUCAGGUUCCUGCACCACAACCCAACCUACCGAAGCCUCGGUUCUCUCUCUACCUGUCAUCCCAGCUGCAGUAUGGAGUGGUUGUAGUCUACCACAGGCAGUGUGGUUUCCUUCUUGGUAAGAGGAAAAGACAAGAGGAGGUUCAACAGACCAUUGACCGCUUGCUGCGCUAUAACAGAUGCAUACGUAUCGACAUGGCUGAGUGUGACAGGGUGGCCUUGGAUGUACCUGACAGCCUGUACACGAUGCAGGAGGCCGAGGGAGCUCAGGACCCUUUCUUCGGUCUCAUGGAAUCACACCAACUGCCCAGCCCCUAUAAAAUCCACCAGCGGGUGUCGAUGACUGAAGAGGCAGGUUCACAGCACUCCCUGGUGCCCAGUCCCCACACCACACUUGACAAAGAGGGUUUCAGGUCACCUCCAGCUGCCAUCACCCUGACGGAGAAGGAGGAGUUGCUCUUCGCGGCUGCUGAGCAUUUUGAGGGGGAUGAGCUCCCUGAAGCCACAGCCAGAGAUAUCGACUUGUUGAUGGAUCAACCUGACCAGUUUCGUGGAGAGGUGGAGGAGUGGCAGGCUGAGGAGAAGACCAGGGAUCCUGAAGGAGUCAUGUCCUCUAUUGACCAGCUGAAGGAGACGGUGCUGGGAGUCGAGCGGGACAGUAUAUGGCUGCUGGAUGAGGAGUCGGGUCGGCCUGUGGAGGUUCUGGGGGCCCUUGACCUGGAGAUGACCCCAUUACAGGUUGCCAUGCUAACUCCACCCUCUGGGGCAUCUGGGAAUGAGGGAAACGGAGCAACAGAAUGUCCCCAUGAGGAGGUGGUUGCUCCUCCUCUGAGGAAGCCUGGAGGAACCCGCAGACGUCAGCUGGUCUUUGCAGACCCUGAGGUCCAGAUAUCUGACAGCGCAAUGGCAGAACAGAUCGGGAACCCGCUGGCCGAGACCCUUGACCUGUCCGAGGUGCUGCUGGACUUCUCCUCCUUGACUAAGGCUGCCACUCCUGCUCAGCUCUUCAGCUCCCCCUGUGGACCCCUGCUCCACGCCGAGCUGCAGUCACUGUGGAGGCAACAGGCAUCGCUCGCCGUCCCGUCCGAACCGAGAGGGCAGGAGGGAGAGGACGAGGAGGCGAGAGGGGAGUCAGAGCAGGACAGAGAAAUCCUGAGGACAGAGAGGAAGAGGAGACACUCAGCUGUGAGGGAGAUAUCCAGCGAGUCAGGACUGCAGCCAGCUGAGGGCUCGUCUGCGUUAGACACCAUCCUGGACAUGUCCAAAGAAGACAAAUCUGUGAGCGGCAUGAUCACUCCUGUCAGCAGAUGGUCUCCAGCUGAGGAGGCCCAGCUCCCGAUGGAGUCUAUAGCAGAGGAGAACAUCGAGAUGCCGGAGGCCCAGGCGGGCGUGGAGAGCAGGGACAUGCUGAGCUGGAUCUGCUCCAGCCUGCAGACACGUGGAGAAGUCACCUUUGGCUGUCUGGUGCCCCCGGAGGCCAACCGCGCCACUGCAGCCCUCGCGCUCCACACACUGCUGGAGCUGCUGUCUGCUGGGCAGGCGACCGCACAUCAGGCUGAACCCUACGGUGACAUCAACAUAAACCCUGCAGCACUCAGGAUGCCUGCCUGAACACACACACACACACACACACACAUACGGUUACUCACACUGCAGUCCUGUAAAGGGACAGUUCAACUUUUUAUUGAUGACUACAGUGAAUGAAUUUUAUCCUGUGAUCAAAUCAAACCAGCGUUUUAAAGAAUGUUUUUUAACCAUUUUAAUCUGGUUCUGUUCUGUUCAUGUGGUCGUAUUUUUACGUAUUUACACCCAUUGAGCUUAUUACUGUCAUGGAUUUUCACACACUGUUACGUAAGUUUUAAACAUCUGGACCAACUUGGUUUUAUUAUACAGUUUGUAUCCUGUGUUUUAUUAUUCUAGAUUUUAAAUUAAGCUUUUUAAACAGUUUGUAUCAGCUGUGCAGAUCUUUUAUCACUUUUCAUUAUUCUUAACUUAUAAUAAAACGUUUUUGCUCA